UUACACCGUCCCGCCGCUCCAGGCAAUGCUUGGUUUUUUUUGACCGUCUAUGGUUUACACCAGCCACGCCUCUCCGCGCCGCUUCACUAAAGAUAGGCAUCUAGUCUAGCUUUUUUUCUGAAAAGAUGUUCAGCAUGUUUUCUGCAAAAACCUCUGACGUGUUUACGUUUUACGUGGCGUGAGGACGUGAAAAAGCUACUCUAAAUCCGAUCUGACCGUUCAGACUGAAACUGAUUUCCAGAAAUGCGAUUUGAAUAGGAUUCCAAACCACAUAUGAAUGUGGAUUUGCACAAAUCGGAUUUCAUGAAGUUCGUUGCCGUUCAGACUAUCUAAAUAUGAACGGAUUUCAGUCGGAUUUGCACAAAAAUCGGAUUUGGGCUGACAGUCUGAACGAGGCUUUAGACUGGAGUAAUGGCUGCUGAAAUUUCAGCUUUGCCAUCUCAGGAAUAAAACCUUUUUUUAAAUAUACUAAAACAGAAAACAGUUAUUUAAAUGAAAAUAAUAUUUCACAAUAUUACUGUUUUUGCUCUUCUUGGUUUAUGUAAAUGUUAAAAUAUAAGCUCCUUUUCAUUCAUUUUUCAGCUCUUAUUAGGGCUUAUGCAAAAAAAUUAUUAUUCCAUUCCAAUGGGCAGUAGGCAUGUAAUAAAUGGGAUCAUGUAAAAUUAGCCUGCCAUUAUCACAAAUUAUUACAUGGCUCUGCGGAACACUCGAUUCUGAUUAGUCAGUCACCAUAUUCCGAGAGAUGUACAUCACAGAUGGAGCUGAUCUGGACACGGAGGACAGUGAUGAUGAGCUUCCACCAAUGAAGUUCCUCUUAGACGAUGUCCAGAAGCAAACCACUGGCACCACUGAAUGUAGAACUGUCACAGAUUCUGUUUUUUUGCCUGCACCUUUGCUGUGAUGUAUUACAAAAUGGAACGUGCAACAACUUUACUGUGGCAUUUAUAGAGACUGCAGAAAAAGUGUCUUGCUUUAAGGUGAUGGAUGGACGUGGUGCAAUUUGUUGGACUGGCCAUCAAACCCAGUCAUGUCAGAUAGACUAUAGAGAUGGCAAGACGUGCAUCAAGUGGCCAGUAGACACCGAACUCUCAUGUGUGGAGGAUUCUAAUGAGAUGCUUAAUACAGAAGAAAAAAAGAAGUGUGCCCGUGACCAAGAAUAUAUCAGUUGCAAUGGAGAGUACAAAUCUGACUCAGAGCCUGGAAAUUCUGCAUCAACCCUGUCACUGAGCAUCCUUCUAAUUACAGCAGCCAUUACCAUUGUCCACUGGGUGUCACUAUGGCACUAUCAAUAGUGCAGAGUUCUGAGCUGCAUUAAUACCCAACAAAAAUAUGUUGGAUUAACAUAAAAAAAAAAUAAUAAACACGUACAUCAGUUGCACAUAAUUUACUCUGUGUAACCAAACAUUUUUCAAAUUAAUGAUUUUUUUAAUUUUGUUUUCAUGCCGCAUUACCUCUUGUUGAUUUAACCACUAUUUAGCAAUCUUAAUAUUGUAGGUUUUUUAAGUAAGGCAAUAAGCAAAACCAUUUCUUGGGGGGGGGAAUACUGUAUUUUUUCAACAGUACACAACAAUCCAUACAGAUAAAAAAAUAUAGAAAUGCAUGUUACACACAUAGCUCAUUUGUUUGAAAUGCUAAAAAAACAAAACAAAAAAUCUAAUAAUACUUCAUCUCCACACCCCCACAGUACAAUGUUACACAAUAAGAACAAUGACAGCAUAACUAAAGUAAUAAAAAUACAUUUCUUAAAAAUACACUAAUUUUUAAAAGAAAGACUUUCUUUGGAAGUGUGCUGAUUUUAAAGCUUCACCAUUAUAUACCUCAAAGGAAUACUUCAAGGUAUGGUUCACCCAAAAAUGAAAAUUCUGGUCUCAUUUACUCACCCUCAAGUUGUUCCAAACCUGUAUAAAUUUCUUUGUUCUGCUGAAUACAAAGGAAGAUAUAUUUAAGGAUGUUUGAGGCCAAACAGCUUUGGGGCACCAUUGAUUUCCAUACUAGGAAAAAAAUACUGGAAGUCAAUUGUGCAGUUCUCGCAAUGUACAGUGAACACUCGAUAAGGGAACUACUUUAUUUAGCUUCAACAUGACUAAUUCUACAGUCAAACCACAAAUUAUUCAGACACCAGAUAUAAUUUUUAAUAUUUUUUUUACUAGCAGGUACAGGACACUAUAGGUCAUUUAUGCAAGUGAGGAUAGCAAAAUAAAGUAAAAUGUGACACAUUAUACCCACCAAAUUUUUCAUAAUGUAGACUACCAGUAAAAUUGAUAAAAAAUUUGGGACCAAAAAUGUGAUUUGACACUUUGACCUGACCAUGUUUUGUUACAUACCUUUCUAUCAAAGUUAUCUGACAUUAUCAAGAUUAAUUUGUUCUGACACAGUUUAACUCUUGAGCUCUUGUCAUAUUUUAUUACCAUUUUCUAAACUAUAGUGAAUAAACUCUGAUAAUGUGAGAAAUGUUGAAGGUGUCUGAAUAAAUUUUAGUUUGACUGUAUAUGACUGAACAUCCUUACAGAAUAAAUACAUGGUACAUGAUUAAAAUGUUUAGAUGAGAAGCAUAAAUUAAUCAUGUACGAAAUGCAUAUUUAAAAAUUCAACAACCUCCCCAUUUUAUUCAGUGUACUUAUACUUAAAAAAAAAUAAUGAGGUGUUCGAAUAAAUCAUUUAUAAGAAAAAAUUGCAAUAUUCAGUAAAAAUAAGAAUUGUCCAUUUUCACUUCAUGGUGAUAUUGUAACCGGUCGAACGAGACGUGAGACGUGCGGAUCCAUUUGCAGGCUUUUAUUCGACAGAGACGUGGUCGUAACAGGCAUGGUUCAAACAGUGGCAAACAGGUAUAACACAGACAAGACAAAAAGCAAUCCUAAGGCAAGCAUGGGUCUAAGAUCGGUGAACAAUAUCCAGAGGGCUUGUGAAGAGGGGUAGUCCAAUACCAUGAGCAAAAGCUCAGGUGAGGUACAAACAGAGUCCGAACGGCGAGACAGGGGUUAAUCCAAGAAACACAGGCAGGAAUCAGAAAACAGGUAAUAACAAGACUAGACUAAACUAUGAAAACUCGAAAUGGCUCUGUAAAGCAGGUAACACUUGGAGAGUGAAAAACGCAGAACAAUACUCGGCGACUUGAGCAGGAUCUGAGUGUGUGUUAUAUAGAGUGUGUGAUUGGUGACAACUGUGUGAUCAGUGCAGCGUGUGAAUGGUGACAGCUGUGUGAUCAGUGCAAUGCAGUCCAGUGUGACGUGCAACAGUCUGUGUGGUGCGAGAGUCAAUAUGAUGGAAGGGUUGGUUGGAAUGGUUUCGUGACAGAUAUGUGUCGUGGCCUAUGUGUCUAUACUGCUGUUCAAAAGCUUGGGAUCGGUAAGAUUUUUCAUGUUUUUUUUUUUUAAGAAGUUUGUAUUUAUUUGAUCAAAAAUAUAGAGAAAAACUAAUUUUGUGAAAUAUUAUUGCAAUUUAAAAUAUCCGUUUUCUAUUUUAAUAUCCUUUAAAAUAUAAUUUAUUCCUGUGAAGCAUAGCUGAAUUUUCAGCAUCAUUACUCCAGUCUUCAGUGUCUCAUGAUCCUUCAGAUAUCAUUCUAAUAUGCUUAUUUAUAAUCAGUGUUGGAAACAGUUGUGCUUAAUAUUUUCUGGGACCUAGAUUUUUUCAGGAUUCAGGAUAAAUAAGGUGUUUAUUCAAAAUAGAAAUUUUGUGUUACAAUAUACACUACUAUUCAAAGGUUUUGGGUCAGUAUUUUUUUCUUUCUUUCUUUUUUUUAAAGAAAGU